AUGCGGAACCCUCUUAUCAGACUAGAAUGCGGUGUUAACAGCUACGACUGGGGCAAAGUCGGCAAAGAGUCUGCAGCCGCCAAAUUUCACGCUGCAAAUGCUUCAGACUUCUCGAUCGAAGAGGAGAAGCCAUAUGCCGAGCUAUGGAUGGGCACACACCCGUCGCUCCCCUCGAAAGACAAGGAAACUCAGCGAACGCUGCUCGACCUCUUCGAAGAAAACCAAGCCCUGUUAUCAACAGAUAUUGCCGAGCGCUAUGAGAACAAGCUUCCCUUCCUGUUCAAGGUCCUCUCCAUCAACAAGGCCCUGAGCAUCCAGGCACACCCGAACAAGAAGCUUGCCGAACAGUUGCAUGCAAGCGACCCCAAGAACUACCCAGAUGACAACCACAAGCCCGAAAUGACCAUUGCGGUCACUCCCUUCGACGGCCUCUGCGGCUUCCGACCCCUCGCCGAAAUCGCCCAUUUCCUCAAGACCGUUCCUUCAUUGCGAAAGUUAGUAGGCGAAGAAGAGGCAAAGAAGUUUGAAGACACCAUCAGUGGCAAAGAGACAUCGGACAAGGAAGAGGAUAUGCAGGAGAACAAAAAAGCUCUGCAAUCUGCCUUUACAAAGCUCAUGAACACGGACAAGGACGCACUAUCAUCUGCCAGUGAAGAGCUUGUCAAGGCAGCGGAGUCUGAGGGGGACAAGUUCGCGGACGGCGGCCCACCCUCCAACGACGGCAAAGAGCUCGCAGACCUUGUCGUACGCCUAAACUCCCAAUUCCCCGGUGACAUUGGCCUCUUCGUCCAGUUCUUCCUCAACUACGUUAAGCUCGACAUCGGCGAGGCCAUGUUCCUCAAGGCUGAUGACAUUCACGCCUACCUCUCCGGCGACAUCAUCGAGUGCAUGGCGAGCUCUGACAACGUUGUCCGCGCAGGCUUCACACCCAAGUUCAAGGACGUGGACAACCUGACAAAGAUGUUGACAUACAGCUAUGCGCCGAUCAGCGAGCAAAAGAUGGAGCCUAGGGACUACUCGCAGGUCAGGUUGAACGCACCGGCGUAUAGCUCCAACAGCAGCAACAAGCUGUACAACCCACCGAUUCCCGAGUUCGCCGUAGUACGGACUGCCCUCAACCGUGUUGGAGGAAAGGCUACGUUUGAUCCGAUUGAUGGGCCCAGCAUCAUCCUCUGCACAAAGGGCAAGGGAACGAUUAGCGCGGGACCAAAGGAGGAGGAGAUCAAGGAGGGCUACGUCUACUUUGUUGGUGCCACAGCUGAGGUCGUCAUCAAGAGCGAUAUCGAUGCCGAGGACGAGGAGGGCGCAGAGGGUCUGGUAACAUUCAAGGCGUUCUGCGAGCUUGAGGACGGCAAGGGCAAGUUAUGA